UUUGCUUGCGACUUGAGUUGAGCAGUAGUUCACGCCAUCCGCGCGUCACGUGCCUGCCCCCGUCGCCAGAUCGCUCCCCGUCGCUCAGCCCUAGCGCCGCCUCGCCACCGAACCGAACGAUCCCCGAAAUCGCGAAAUCGCCGCCGCCGCCGGCCGUGUCGGGAUGGGCGAGGAGGCCAAGUACCUGGAGACGGCGCGGGCGGACCGCUCCGUGUGGCUCAUGAAGUGCCCCCCCGUCGUCUCCCAAGCCUGGCAGGGCGCCUCCGCGUCCUCCGGGGAUGGGAACCCUAACCCGGUCGUCGCCAAGGUCGUGCUCUCCCUCGACCCCCUCAGCUCCGCGGAGCCCUCCAUCAAGUUCAAGAUGGAGAUGGCACAAACUAGGGAUAUCACUUGCAAUUUACCGAAGAGUUACUCCUUGAAUAUGUUCAAGGAUUUUGUACCGAUGUGUGUUUUCUCUGAGGCUAAUCAAGGAAAACUCUCAUGUGAAGGAAAAGUCGAGCAUAAAUUUGACAUGGAGCCUCACAAAGAUAAUUUAAUAAACUAUGCAAAAUUAUGCCGUGAAAGAACACAGAAGUCCAUGGUUAAAACUAGAAAAGUGCAGGUACUUGAUAAUGACCACGGAAUGAGCAUGAGACCCUUGCCUGGCAUGGUUGGUCUGAUACCUUCUGGUUCUUCAAAGGAGAAGAGAAAGCCAACACCAACAAAACCAUCUGAUGUCAAAAGGACACGUAGGGAUCGUCGCGAACUGGAAAAUAUUAUCUUCAAGCUUUUUGAAAAGCAGCCUAAUUGGGCUCUAAAGGCACUAGUGCAAGAAACUGACCAGCCAGAGCAAUUCCUGAAGGAGAUAUUGAACGAUCUUUGUAUGUACAACAAACGAGGACCGAACCAGGGAACACACGAGCUCAAGCCUGAGUACAAGAAAUCGUCAGAGGACGCUGAGGCUUCCUGAAGAAGCUUGUCUAUUUGGCUGUUGUUGUAUAAUAACUGAGAUACUGUGAGCCUCUUGGCCUGAUGUGCCCCAACUAUAUGAGUUGUCCGGUGACUACUCCUGCCAAAACCUCAGAUGCUUGUGUUGCAUUUGUUUGCUUUUCAGGAGGCGUUGUUGUUGUAAUUGUAAGGGUAAGAGCUGAUACAUAUAACAUACUGAUUACAGAAGAAAAACAUUUCAUGAAACCGCCUGAAA